UCCCUCCUCAGCUGCUCGCCCUCGCCCCACAGCUUGGGGUAGAAGAACAGGCGCCUAAUGUGUUGAGACAAAAGUUACCAUCAGUGGAAGCACAGAGAGACACUGUCCCUGAUGAAGCUCUGCCAAGUCCAGCACCAUCUGUCCCUUUAGAUGUGCCACACCAGCCUGCAGCCUCUGUCACUGGCUAUGCUCAGGAUGUAGCGCAGUGGAACUGCUCCCACCAGCAGAAAAUUUGGAUGAAGACUGAGCUGGAGGCGUUGGGGCUGUGGCCGGGGUCACGUCCUGUUCGUUAUCCUAUGAACAUGCUGUCCUUGUGGCGUAAUCCACCUCAGCCUGAGCUCAUAGACUCAAUCUCUGAGCUGCCAUCACCUAAAUACUGUCAGCUUCAUCCUUUUUUCAUUUGGAAGCCGGAGCACACAAUCAUGGAGAGGGUAAGGAACAAUUAAAUCUUGCCCUGGCUUCAUGAUUGUCCCAACCCUCAGGUAGCUUCUUCUGGCGUUGGAAGGCCAAGAGUUAUCAUUGGCACCAGCGGCCAGUACCAUAUUUUAUCCUCACGGCUCACCUGCAAGGCCUGUAGGAAGAACUGGCAUGCGGACAAGCCCCAGUGGCUGGAGAAGCUACCAGGGCGCUUCAGCAACAUUGUUCCUGCUUUCCUAACUCACAAAAAGGCCAUCUGCAAAUCAGUAAUGGAUGAGAUGAGGCGCAGCGGCAGAUCACCGGAGGACAUGGCUAAGCAGCUGACGGAGGCACUCCACCUUAAAUAUGAGAGAGCCCACCUGGCCUACCUGCUCAGUGUGCAGAACAUCAGGGAUGCUGAGGCAGGAGUUUACGGCCAGAGAACCAUCACUGGGCUUCUCAGACAGGCAGACACUCCGCCUCCAUUCGGUGGCUACUCCGAUGCUGACGGCUGGUGUGGAAUGUCUAUUUCUUCUCACUACCUGGUCGAAUGCCUGGUCCGUGAGUUUCAAUGGCAAGAGCAGCUCCUCACUCUGUUGCUACAGGGGACCUUUGGACAAGUACUCAGGGACUGCUGGUCUGCCUUCAAGGUUCUGGACCCUGGUCAUCAGGAGCACCUGCUGUGGGACUGCUGUAGGACAUCAGAGGCCACCGUGGCGAAGGCGACCUCUGGCAACCUUACCAACAACAGUGCCUCGAGGAGCAAGUUUAACAAAGACAUUGGCCCAAUCCCAAACUCCUUCUGCCAGUUCCUCUGCAGCAUUUGUUGUGGUGGACCAGAGGGAUCUACAUCUACAUCUAAGGCCUCCAUGCUGAAGUUGUGGAGGAUCCAACGCGUCCACAUCCUGAGAGGCUGCCUGAGCGACCCUGACGUCGGGGAGGGAAUUCUCUACAGGUAUGGUGGUACCUUGCAGCUCAACUACAACAAGGGUGCAGGAGACGCUGUACCAGUUUGGAUUCCAGUGAGAGGCACCUCUCAGCAGGAGGGCUUCCACUUUCACCAAGCCCAGUGGGUGACAGGCAACCGGGUGUCCUGUGAACUUUUCCAGGCCCAGGCAAUGACUGGAGUGGUGCGGUGGAACUUCCAGAGGCUGAUGGACCUGAAACAGCCUGGUGUGGAGCUGCCAGCUGUGUUCGACCCCUUGUUAAUUUCAGGACUGAACACAGCCUCUGUCAAGGUGACAGGCAAAGCAAAAUAUCCCAGGCUGCAAAAUACAAACAGGGACACAGGGGAGAGAUUUGGACUGCAGUUUGUGGAGCCAGGUUGUCGUCCUGUUGUGUUGAACUGGGACAAGCACAAGGUACAGCCCAACAUCCCAGCUGCUGUAGCCAUGGAGACAGAGGAUCACUGCCCUGCUGCUGUGGUGGACACAGACUCUCAGGAGACCUGUGAUGAGCCAGUUGGAGCGGUGCCCAUCCUAUCUUUCCAGCAGGGCUCUGAAACCAUUUCCCAAUCCCAGCAGUCCCAGCAGUCCCAGCAUUCCCAGCAAUCCCAGCAGUCCCAGCAGUCCCAGCAGUCCCAGCCACCCUUGAUACCAGCUGCGGCCAGAGCCAAAUCAGAGACUCAGUCUUUGAUGGAUACAGGGGUAGUACCGCUGCCUGUUUCCUCCUCUCCCCGGGCCGCCCGCACUGGACCAAUCAAGACGGGAGGCCUUGUUCAAGUCUUGGACCACAGCCGGUGGACAGAAGCCAUGAGAGCUGCCAUCAACGGGCUUCUGGUUAAGCACCAUGGGUCUAAAGACUUUCUGAAGCGGGUGGACGCAGACUAUGCUGCCAUGGUCCAGAGGGCGUGCACUGACCCCAACAGCCUCCUUCAUCCAACCACAUGCCAACAUAUCUCCAGAUAUGUAAAGCAUCUGACCAAAUUAAAAACCACAGCUCCUCCCUCAAUACCAGCCCAGAGAAAGUUUUGGAGACACAGCAGCUGUGGCAGAGUUUGACUACAGGCAGUCAAACGA